GUUGGGGGUUUGCUUAAUGCCACGUUUGGAAAUGCAACUGAAAUGAUUAUAUCUAUUUACGCCUUGAAAAGCGAUAUGAUUAGAGUCGUUCAGCAAUCUUUACUUGGUUCAAUCUUGUCAAAUAUGCUUCUUGUUCUUGGUUGUGCAUUCUUUACUGGUGGGAUUGUCCACUACAAAAAAGUUCAGGUUUUCAAUAAGGCAGCUGCUGUGGUUAAUUCAGGGUUGCUCUUGAUGGCUGUAAUGGGAAUAUUAUUUCCUGCUGUGCUUCACUUUACUCACUCAGAGGUUCAUCUUGGGAAGUCCGUCUUAUCUCUAUCCAGAUUUAGCAGCUGCAUAAUGCUAGUGGCCUAUGCAAGCUACCUUUUCUUUCAACUUAGAAGUCAACAAAAUUUUUAUAGUCCAGUUGACGAGGAAGUAGAUACAUGUGAAAACUCUGACGAGGAGGAAGAACUUGAGUUAACUAAAUGGGAAGCGAUAAUCUGGCUUGGUAUUUUGACAGUAUGGGUUUCUGUAUUGUCUGGAUACCUUGUGGAUGCCAUAGAGGGAGCAUCUGAAUCAUUGAAUAUGUCAGUGGCUUUUAUUAGUGUCAUCUUGCUUCCAAUAGUAGGAAAUGCUGCAGAGCAUGCAAGUGCUAUCAUGUUUGCCGUAAAGGACAAGCUAGAUAUCACAAUUGGAGUUGCUAUUGGAUCAUCAACCCAAAUAUCGAUGUUUGUGAUCCCCUUCUGUGUGGUUGUUGGAUGGUGCAUGGGAAAAGAUAUGGACUUGAAUUUUCAACUCUUUGAGACUGCCACACUUUUUAUCACUGUGCUGGUAGUUGCAUUUAUGAUGCAGGAAGGGACGUCAAACUAUUUUAAAGGCUUGAUGCUUAUUCUAUGCUAUCUUAUAGUUGCUGCCAGUUUUUUCGUACACGUAGACCCUAAGAGUGGUGAUGACUAAAUAUAGUGCUGGCCUGACAGUGGCAGCUGUCGAUGUUGCCUUUUUUUGC